AAUUCAUAUUCGUCGUCAUCACCAUCAUGAUCCUCCAUUACUUUCCUCUCUCUUUCGUCUUUCAGAUCCAAAGACAGAGAAAGAAGGAAGAUGAAGCUAAGUCCCGUCUCCUUUGUCUUCGGCUUAAUCGCUCUCCAGUUUCUUCUACCUCUCCCCACCAUAGUCAAUGCUCAGCAAGCUACGGAAUCCUGCAAUUCAACUCUACCCCUCAACGAUCUCACCUUCAACUCCAGCCUCCUUCAAUGCGUCGACGCUUGGAGUGCCCAGAAUUAUAUCCUCCGAUAUGCUAGAACGGUGGAGAACACAUGGAGCUUCAUCUUAUCUGCGCCGGAUUCGAGCGCCUACAUCGGGAUCGGAUUCUCAACCAACAAUCAGAUGAUCGGAGCCAGCGCGGUCGUCGGGUGGAUACCUUCCGACGGCGGAAAUGGACAGGCGAAACCCUACUUUCUCGGAGGGCAAUCGCCCGGUGAGGUAAUACCUGACCAAGGAGAUCUGAAAAUCGUCAACGGCUCGUUGAAGAUCGAGUCAGUGUCGUCGCGUCUUUACCUGAGUUUCCAAUUGACGGCGGAGCUGCCUCGGCAGAGCAUUCUUUACGCAUUGGGACCUGCCGGAUUCUUUCCAUCUUCGCCGGAUUUUAGGUUGAGAGAGCAUCGCUUCAUGACCACCACGACCGUCGAUUAUGUUACAGGUUCGCAAAGUGUGGUUAAGGGUUCACCACACUCUAAGCUAAGGAAGACACAUGGGCUAAUGAACAUGUUCGGCUGGGGAAUACUAAUCAUCAUCGGCGCCAUAGUGGCUCGACACAUGAAGCAAUGGGACCCCACUUGGUUCUAUGCCCAUAUUGCUCUCCAAACCACUGGUUUUCUCAUCGGUUUAACUGGUAUCAUUUGCGGUUUGGUUCUUGAAAAUCGGACCAAAGCUAAUAAUGUUUCCACGCACAAAGGCCUUGGGAUAACAAUACUCGUCAUGGGCAUCCUCCAGGUCCUAGCGCUGCUGGCUCGACCGGACAAACAAUCGAAAUACAGAAAAUAUUGGAAUUGGUAUCAUCAAAACAUAGGAAGAGUUAUGAUAAUACUCGCUAUUUCUAACAUCUUCUAUGGUAUUCAUUUGGCUAAAGCUGGCUCUUCCUGGAACGGCGGUUACGGUUUUGCGGUUGCUGUCUUCGCUUUGGCUGCUAUUGCCUUAGAAGUUAGAAAGUUCUUGAAGAAGUAAAUUGUAUCUCUUUUUUUAUGUUCUUGCUACGAGAUUCUUCUUGGAUAGGACUGUGUGAUGUAUUGAACAUUUCGUUGACUGAUCUGUUUUUCUUCUU